UUUGCAGUUAGCCUUGAGUUUUACUAUUUCAACAUUAUUCAAACAUGGAAGUAGAACGAACAAUCCCGAUGGAUAAGAAUGCUCAUGAUGCUGAGUUAUUGGAGAAUUUGAACAGAAUGAGGGAGAACAAAAUGUUCUGUGAUUUUCUCAUAAAAGUUGGAUCUGAAGAAAUUCCAGUUCAUAAAAAUGUAGUCUCAGCUGGAUCUGAUUAUUUUGGGGCAAUGCUGUCUCAUGAUACAAAAGAAAGUCAGGCAGGCGUCGUCAACAUAAAGGAAUCGAGUCCAGUUUGUGUUAAAAAAUGCAUUGAUUUCAUUUACACUGGGACAGGAGCUGUAGCUGAUGAGAAUCGGGAAGAGUUAAUGCUCGUUGCUCAUAUGAUGCAAUUGCAAAGGCUUUGUGAUGGAAUUGCUGUUUUUCUUGCCGAUGACUUGGGAUCCGAAUCAUUUGUUUCAACGCAAAGAAUUGCUAGCAUGUUCAACUGUGUAAAUUUGAAAGAGCAUUGCAAUGCAUUUGCUCUGGAAAACUUUUGCUCAGUUGUACUUUCUAAAGAUUUCAAGCUCCUUGAAGACGAUUACAUUCGCUUUCUGAUGAAAGCUGAGAAUGUGAAGGCCUCCACUCCUGACAAAUGCAAAGCAUUGAUCACAUGGACUCAGCAUGAACCGGACAAUCGUGCCAAGUUUUUUGAAGAAAUUUUCAAAUCGUUUGAUUUCUCAAAACUAUCGGUCGAAUACAUGACAUAUCUCGUGAAAAAUGAGCCUUUGGUUUCCAACUCUCUAUUCUGUGUGAAGUUACUAUUUUUCCACAAAGGAGCAAAUGUGCGGGAUAAAGAUCAUACUAUAAUGACAGUGGGUCCUGACAACAAAGAAAACAAUGUUAUUGCUGUGUUUGAUCAAUCAUUAAAGUCUAUUCAAUGCUUCAGUCCUGAGAAGAACACCUGGACAAAAUUGCAGAACAUCACUACUGAAAUUGCAAAAACAAAAUUUCGUGCUGUUGUUCUUGGAAAUGAUAUUUAUGUGCUCAUGUAUGAUAGAAGAAAUUAUCGUUUAGUAAACUAUGGUGAUACAUCAGCAACUUGGGAAAGGUUAGAAGAUCGUUCGAAUGAUGGCAGACUGCAAGCAGUAACAUUGAAUGGUUUGAUUUAUGCCUUCGAUGAUUCUUCUAAUUCAAGCAAAGCUGUUGAAAAGUAUCAACUUUCAAACGACUCAUGGGUUCAUUUGAUAGAUAAACCAGUACCAGCUAGGGAAUGUGCAGUUGUUGCUACGGAGGGCUUCAUUUACUGUAUUGGCGGAUAUGUUGGAUAUUCUCCUUCUCUUUCUGAUAAUUUGAAACUUGAUCCAGUUAUUCCAAAGUGGCACACUUUGCCCAGCAUGCCGUCUGGGAGAUAUUCCGCAUCAGCUGUGGCGUUUGAUCAAAAGAUUCAUGUUUUGGGAGGGACUCCAUGGACAUGUGCACUUGCUACAGUGAUUUGUUUUGACAUCAAGUCUGAAACUUGGACAUCAGUGGCCAAUAUGAACCUUGCAAGAUUUAACUUAGGAUCGUGCAUUUUGGGAGAUAAAAUAUAUGUUAUUGGCGGGGCGAACAGUAACGAUACUAUCGAAGAGUACGAUCAUCCUACAAAUACAUGGAAAGUUGUUGGAAGCCUAUCAGGAAAAAAUGUUUAUCCAGAUACUUCAGUUGCUUUAUGUUUACCAACUUAGCAAUGUUUGAUUUCUGUGAAACUCAUCUGGACCAAUGUUGAAAUCAGUUUCUUCGUUUGUAUUGUCAGAAUAUGUAGAUAUUGUAAUAAUUUUAUCGAAACAAAAAAUAUCUAAUUAUUAUCUCUACUGUUACUGGAAACUAGAUUUAACCUAGUGGUUGCCAACUUUUUUUCCCCUCUCUUGCCUAUUUUUGUACUCUUUAUUCUUCCCU